AUGCCUGUUACAGAGCGAUCUCAAGUCCCUCAACCUCCUAGUCAUCGCUCAGAUGUGAUUUACGACACCCGUAUACUGGUAGGAGAUGUAUCCCUUCAUUCCGUUGUACCAACCACACUCACCAAGCCUCAACAGCAACGACUGAAGAGCAUCAUUCGGGAGUCAAUGAAGGGCGAUCAUAAUAGCGGGAAUAUCAAACAGGUAUCUGAUGUUUGGAUAGACGGUAUGACAGACGACGGAGGUAGUUUCUUCACUGCUAAAGGGACGAUCAAGAGCAUCGCCCCGAAGUCGAACGGACAAGCAGGAAAGGAUGAAACGGAAGAAGAGGUUUUAGUCUUGGUACAUGAGCCUAGACAUGUCACACCUACAGCUCAUCAGCAAGAAUGGUCUUAUGGCGAGACACCCGCACCUUCAAGAGUGUUAUACCUUUUCCAUCCCCCCAAACCUCCUUCUGCGAGUUACGUUUCAACAAACUUGAAUUUAAAUGCUUGGGAAUGGGUGGAGUCAGCUAUGGAAAGCCUGGAAAGAGCAUUUUGGGGUAUAUUGAUGCCUUCAGUCAGUGGAGUAGUUGGAGUAACAGAGAAAGUAGGAAACGGUUUCGCCAAUAUCAUCAAUAUCCUUCCUUCUCCCGCGACUUUAUCUUUGGAGGGUACAGUAGCUUGGGAGACGAGUACAUCGAUCCAAAAUCCGACUGACCCAAAACCGAAGAAAGAAGAUCAUAAAUCGACGUAUAAUUUUUCAGCUACUGCUUCCCUUCGAAAAGAAUUUCAAGCUAAGAAACAUCUUUAUGACCAAGAAACAAUAUACACACUUCGUAUGCCACCUAACGCGGUCAACGGGGAUAGGUUGGAUAUCGGUCCCACAGCUAAGCCGGUUCAUGUAAGGAAGAGAUCCGCUAUACCUCAGUGGAAUGAUAAUGUUGAUGAUGGGAGGCAUGAUCUGGGUUUAGGACGGGCAGUAGGCAUGGGCAUAGGCAUGAGGGUAUAA